CAGGAAGAUGAAUGGACUCUUCCACCACUCCUCGACAUUUUACCCAUCGUGGAGGAUUACUUCCAGUCCACAAAUCGUCUCCUACCUUUAUUUGACCAGACAACGUUCAUGCAGAUGCUACGUAGUUGGUACUAUACUCCAUUUCAACGUGAUCCGGCUACAUGGGCGUCCAUUAAUGUUGUUCUUGCGCUUGGUUUACUCCUCCAGCCACCCGUUGCCACUCAGGGGAGUUUGACACUAGCAGCAUUUGUCAAGAAUGCACAAUCGGUCCUUGAUGAGAUAGUUAGUCGCGAAGAAGACAUCCUCAGCGCGCAGAUCGUUCUUGGCCUCUGUAUCAUUUUCCAGGAAUCGCCCGAUCCCCAGCCUGCCAGUGUCUUGGCCGCGACUGCUGUCACGCUGGUGCAUAGACUGAGACUCUAUAGUCGAUCGACACAAGCAAACCUUAGUCAAACAGAUAUCAGGCAGCGCAACCGCUUGUUCUGGAUUGCUUAUGUCUUGGAUAAAAAUAUCAGUUUACGAGCGCAGCAUCCGCCUCUGCUUUCCGAUGCAUGGACAGAUAUUGACCUGCCCGAAUCCGAUCCUAUUGAUGGCGCCGGGGUUGUCUACAGCCGUCAAGGUACGAGCAAAAUAAACUUCUUCCUCUUUCGAGUACAGCUCGGAAUCAUUCAGGGGAAGGUGUACGACUGGUUGUAUUCAGUGACAGCGGAUAAGCUGCAGCCUGCCGUGAAAGAACAAUUUGUUCAUUCAAUCGAAUGCACGCUCUAUCAAUGGGAACAAAACUUACCCAGGGAAUUUACGCCGGACUCGAUCCUUGAAUCCGCUCCACCAGGGACCGUACAACACCUAGCCGCCCUCCAUUGGACUUAUCUCCACACCUUGGCUAUGAUACAUCGGGCUCACUCACAUAACCAGCAGUGGAUACAGAGUAUCCUCCGACGCAGCGCAAUUAUCAUCGACGAGCCGAUUAGAUGUGCCAUCACUAGCCCACAGCCAUCCCUACCAAGAUCCUGGUCUAAAUUGGUUGGCUCUUCACGGGCCUGCAUGAAACUUCUGGACAGUAUGUCGGCACACGGGGAAUCAUUAAUCUGGUCCACCCUUUGUGGUAGAGUCACCGGACUCCUGCUUCUCCUAAUGAACAAUCUGACAGAGCCUCAGCACGAGAUGCUUGUGGAAGACCAGAGACUUAUCGAGACCACAAUAGAAUCAUUAGAACCGAUAGCUGAAAAAUUACAGAACAGACAGUUCCAGCAAAUUUACCAGGCCUGCCAGGCGCUGGCGCUCAAGAUCCGGAUUCUGAUAGAGCGGAACAUUAAUGAGAGCUCCGCCUCGGAGGCA